CGGUUCCAGACCGUGGCUGGACAGCUACGGCCUGCAGUGCGAGCGCCGGGCGAGCUGCACCAAUGCGUCCGACCCGCCCAUCGCCAGCCCGACGGUCGGCACCAUGGAGACCUGCCUUUGCAGGACAGUCAGGUGGAAGUGCGAUUACUACAGCGAGCCGUGCGAUCCCACGGACUCGUACUACCCGUACACGGGCCCCAACAUCAGCAAGAUCUUGCUGAAGACCCACCUGGCGCUGCAGCCUGCCAAGACCGUGGACCACACGCCCGAGCUGCGCCUCGCCGGCCUGUCGCUCUGCGCGGUGGCCCUGUUCCUCUUGGGCUGCGGCGCCUGCUGGCGCUGCCGGCGGCGCCGGGGCCCAGCGGCGGCCGGGGCCUACGCGCGGAUGCCGGAGUAGGAGGGCAGGCCCGACUUCAGGCCGGAGGCGCAGGGGGCGCGCCGCGGGGCGCCGCGCCAGGGG